UCAAACGGGCUUCGGAGGGCGUAGCUGUUGUAGUCGGCGCUGUCCGUAGCAAAAGCAAACCAACGUAAACAAGAUAAUUUUCACGCGUUAUAAUAACGUCUGAAGGAAAGUUAUACAGUAAUAGCUAAUAAAGGCGUGAGAAACACGGUGAUGAAUCCACGAAUCGACUGGUUACCGGCUGAAUGUCGGGGUCCGGCUAGCGAUUUCUGGACGCGUGUUGUUGAAACCAGCCGUGAUCAAAAUGAAGAAGAGUGUAAGUUAAAAACGUAUGAGGACGAGCAAGUUGGAAAGAAGAAAAUAUUUCGACCAUGCAGGGAUAAUAUAGCCAGUACAUACGGUUUGAGUCGUUCUGCGUAUGCUCAUCAUCUGGAGGUUGAUAGUGAAUCUCCGAUGACACCAUGGAUACCACAUCAGAAGAAAUACUCGCCUGGGAUGGCAGGGUUACAUGAAGAAAUCCUCGACUUUAAUAUGUACAUGAGACCAACUCGUGCCGAACAUAAGAUGAGGCAAGACGUUAUUGAUAGAAUAACGAAAUCUGUAAAUAACCUCUUUCCGAACGAGAACGUCCGAGUCGAAGUAUUCGGUAGUUUCAAAACGGAACUUUAUUUACCAACCAGUGAUAUUGACCUUGUAGUUUUUGGUGAUUGGCCAAGUCCGCCUCUUCGACAACUUCGUGAACAAUUGAUUAAGGACGGAGUUUGUAACGAAAAUGACGUUAAAGAAUUAUCAAGGGCUACAGUACCUAUUGUAAAGCUUACCGAUAAAUUUACAUCGGUUACUGUCGAUAUCAGUUUUAAUAUGAAAAAUUCAGUUAAGAGUGCUGAACUUAUUCGACGUUAUAUGUGCCGGAUGCCGCAUUUACCCUAUUUAGUUCUUGUUCUAAAACAAUUUCUCCUGCAGAGGGAUUUGAACGAGGUGUUUUGCGGUGGUAUAUCAUCGUACUCAUUGAUAUUGUUGACUAUUUCUUUUUUACAAUUAAAUCCAAGGUACGAUUCCAGAAUAACUACUACUAAUUUAGGAAUCCUUCUCAUUGAAUUCUUCGAAUUGUAUGGAAGAAAUUUCAAUUAUUUUAAAACUGCCAUAACUAUAAGAGACAGAGGGUCGUAUAAGCCAAAGUCUGAAUUACCUCUAGAUAACUCUGGAAUUUUAUGCAUAGAAGAUCCCUUGGAGCCUACAAAUGACAUAGGACGAUCAUCCUACGGGGUUAUGCAAGUUAAACAUGCCUUUGAGUACGCAUACGUUACUUUAUCUAACGGCCAUGUACUCCAAACAGCUGGUCAUAAUGUGGGUAAUGGUAUGUUGGGAAGGAUUAUACGAAUACCAGAGGAUGUCGUCAAGUAUAGAGAAUGGGUUAAAGCCUAUUACCAUAUACCCGUACCAGUGGCCUUAACGGCCUUUUCAACACUUCCAUUCGCCCAGAUGGACGCCUAUAGUUCAGAUGGGAGUCAUUCGUCGCGUUCGACAUCACCUUGCGAAGACGCUGCACCAAAAAAGAAAGAAGUUCUAGUUUCCAUUACCAGAAGUAAAUCUGACUCGGAUUCGAGUCAUUCCACAGUUCCUACCACCCCAACCAAACGGGACAAAGAUGGUAUGGUACGCAAGCCAAUAGCCUCCCAAAUGUGGAGACCGUCGACAGCCAAGACAAGAAGUACUAGUUCAAGUGGUGUAAAUAGAAAGAAUAAAACAAGACCUAUGGCAAAUGGUAGAACUUCUAGAUAA